ACAAGCUUUUGAAGUAAAGUAGCGGAGAGGAUUUUUUUAGUGAUUUUACGCAAGGGAAGUAGACUCUUAUCUCUCUCCCUCUCCCUCUCCCUCUCCUAUCUAUGGCGAUUACUAUCGCGGCGGCAGCAAUUCGGCCACUGAACUCGGACCAUUUCUCCUGUUUAUCUCCAUCUUCUUCAAAGCUUUCUCAGUUGUCUUCUCGACAAUUCACUCAGCAUCUUGGGCUCAUUCAAAUCGGAAACAAAGGGCUAUCGUCACGUUCCCGGCGUCGAAUCCUUCCUCUGGUCAAAGCCAAGAAGCAGACAUUUUCUUCCUUUGAUGAGUUGCUGGCAAAUUCCGACAAACCUGUAUUGGUUGAUUUUUAUGCUACUUGGUGUGGUCCUUGUCAAUUCAUGGCUCCUGUUCUGAACGAAGUAAGUGCUGCAAUGAUUGAUAAGAUCCAGGUGGUGAAAAUUGAUACUGAGAAAUACCCAAGUAUUGCUGAUAAGUACAGAAUAGAGGCAUUGCCUACUUUCAUCAUAUUCAAGGAUGGCGAACCCUAUGAUCGUUUUGAAGGGGCUCUGACAGUUAACCAGCUCAUGGAACGCAUCGAGUCUGCUUUAAAGGUUAAGCAGUAGUUUUUACAGUAAGGAUUUCUCUGGCAUUCGUGUUGCUGAUACUUGAAGGCAUUGUACCCCUUGAGCAGCUCUGUUUUACAUCUUCCUCUACUCAGGUUCGUCAAGUUGGGAAACAAUAGUGUGAUAAAGCAGGUUCAAUGGGAAUGCUAGCUGCUAAAAGUAGAACAAAUCCGUCCUCUCUCUUCCCUCCUCAUGGAAACAGCAGGCUUUGUGCCGUUUAGAUGCGAUAGUACUGGUUCAUGAUCUGAUGCAUUAAGCUGAACGGCAUAAAAAACAGAUUGUUUUCAGAGGGUUUUAUUUGCAUGUCCAUUUAAUGUGUCGAAACAAGAAGUUACAAGGACGGCCUUAUUUUACAUGUAAUUGGGAUCAGCGGGUUUUAUCCUAGCUGUAAUUUUUGUUUCAAAGAUGUGUGUUUGUGGCA